GAGUUGUCGACCGUCGUAGAACUCUUUAAUUGUGAUCGUCAAGCCAAUAUGGCGUACAGCAUGCUGAAAAUAAAAGUGGGAGUUAACUAGUUACGACGUCUUCAGGUAUUCUAGAUAUAAAAUGUAAGAGAGUGAGGGAUACAGGGAGUUCCGUUGUUCAAAGAUGGAGGUGGAGGAGGAGCACGUACACACCCUGCUCAGUAUGGGGUUCCCAGAGUCCGAAAUAAGGCGGGCCCUUCGAAGGGCCAAGAAUGACCUGAAUGAAGCAGUAGCUUACCUGACGAACGACCAGACGUUGCCGAGUGACUGGGAGGAGGUGGACGAUGUAGAAAUGAAGGACAUUCACUCACGGCCGAGCCAGACAAUGUACAGCCCGUCCCCUCCUCCCAGUUAUGAUGAUGUCCAUGCCAUGGAGCAGAAGACAGAUGAAAAUGGAGAAAAUGGUGGCACGGAAGAGGAAAACCCCUUAGAAUUUCCUGUCACCAAUCUGUAUGAACUUGAGGGUCGUGUAUUUGCUGAACACUGGUCCAUUCCUUACAAAAAGGAGGAGUCACUUGGAAAAUGUCUCAUUGCUGCAACAAGACUAGCAGAAGCCAACCUCACAGAGAAUGAUGAACACUGCAGGAGGUUCCUAGAGAGAUGCAUGCCAGAGUCAUUCCAAAAGUUGAUGACUUCAGGGGCUGUACACAGAUGGAACGCAGAAAUACAGGAAGGGAUAUUUAAUAUGGCUGAAUUGUUUAUUGAUAUGUGUGUAGCUCGCCUUCAACAUUUACCUAUACACCAUGAGAUCCUUAACAUUCUCACACUGGUGUUCAAUAAAGAAAGCGAGUUUCAUUUUAAAAACCGUUCCAAGAGAGACCGCACAUAUUGGGAAGAUAAGCUGGAAGAUGGUCAGUUAUAUACUGCGAAUACUGGCUACAAAUCUUCCAUCGAUCCCUAUGGUUGGUUGACACAUGCUAUAAAUAGGUUUGCCUUCAAAGGAGGAUUUAAUGUAGUAAGAAAAUUAUUGGAAAAUGAAGAACUGGACGCCCCAUCUAUGGCUGCCCUCCUUAGGCCGUUUGGAAUGUGUGCAGAAUUCCUGAAUCCUAAGGUAGUCACAGAAAUACUGGCCCCUGGAAUGGAGAAGACAAUCAAGUACAUACAAAACCUGGAGGAAAAAGACCUCAAAGAAAAGAAAAUAGGCAGUGUGUCUGACCUGCUGGCUUCUAUGAAGUUGUUGUGUAUACAGAUGUGGCCUCAGCACACAGAAUCUCUGGAUGACCUGCGAUUGGAAGUUGCCCUUAGAAUGUUGAAAUCUCCACAUUUCAAUGCCCGAAUGAAUGCUUUAAAGGAGGUGACAAAGCUGAUUGAAGAUGCCACCUCAAAUAAAGUGUCCAAGACUGCUAUUGAUUACAAAACAAUACUGCACUGGCUUGUGGAAAACAAAGUUCUCUCCAUUGCUCUAGAGGGUAACAUAGACCAAGUCCAGUAUUGUGAAAAGGUCAAGGGCAUUGUGGACUUUUUGGGGUCUGAAAUCACGAUAGAGGAGUUGGCCAUGAUCUGGAAAAUGCAGGUUGGCCAAACCAAUCACGUGAUAGACAACAUUCACUCCAUCAUUGCUGCAGCGGCAGUCAAGUUUGACUCGGCUCAACUCGAAAACUUGUUUUUGUUAAUACAAAAGAAAUGGCAGGAUGACCAUAAUCGUAUGAAAGAAAAGCUGUUACGACUUAUUGGUAAAAUAGGAAGAGAUGCCAAGGAACCCAAAACCACAACCAGAGUCCUAGAGCUACUGUGGGAUCUCUCUCAUUUACCCACCCUGUCCCGGCAGCUGAUUGAGUUAGCAUUAGAAGAACACCUGGCCAUUCUCAGUGAUUCCUUUAGUGUUCGAGAACAAGUCAAGAGGAACUAUGUCAUUAAGUGUGUUGAUGAUAUCAGAAAGGGUGCUUGUGUAUUACCAUCCCUAAAGCAGCUGCUUAAUAUAUGUAAAAACAUUAUGAAGCAAAAUAACCAUAAAUCUGAAAAGGGUAUUUUACAUGAACUGAAUAAAAACCAUGAUGUGAUUAAGCUGGUGACCCAGAGUCUGAUCAAGCUGCACAAACAAGCCCUGGUGACGGCGGGGGACGGCCACCUGGGGCCGGACAUUGUGGUGGACACCAGAUACCCUCACUCGGAGUAUGUGACCACCCACCUACAGUUUCUCCAGUACACCUUGCAGGAGGGGGCCCUGUAUCUGCCCUGGAGUCGGGCUCGAGACAUCUGGGGGACACUCAUCGCAAACUCAGAGGCCUGUAACUGGGACAGAGAGACCUGCUUUGAGUGGUUCAGUAAAGGUCUAGCUGACCUGGAGAUGGACACUCAAACUCAAUUGUUUCAGAAAGAAUUGUUGAAAUUGGAUCCCUCAAAACUCACUGACAAAGGUUUCACCUGUUUUAAGAAUUUCUUUGAGAAUGUGAACAAAUAUGAGCACCGGCUGAAGACUGAUGGUGGGAGACUGGUUGUUGAGAAAUGUGACCUGCUUGGCUUGGACUAUAUAUGGGAGAUUUGUCUCAACACGCCAGACGAGGCGAUAGCAGACAAGGCCAUCCAGCUCCUUCUGUGUGUCAGCUAUACAAACCUUGCUGUCAGACUCAAAAGGGAUACUGUGAGUCUACACAAGAAAUUCAUAUCUGAAUGUUCCAAUAGAUUAGAGGCAGCUAUGAUAGGGAUGGGGGGAACUGCCAUAGCCCAGGCUAUAACAUGGGCCACUAAAACUCUAACGGCAGCUAUUGUUAAAGAGGUAGCUAAUGUGCCUCCACCCUCAAGGUCCAUAAAGUUGAUGAAUAUUGAACGUCUGCUGUGGAUCGCAGAGGUUUAUGUUCUAAACGUUGAGGAGAACCAUCACACGACCAGAAUUAUCCUCCCUCACGGAGCCUCCUUCCACGGCCUACAGAUCAACCUGAUGAUCACCUGCGAGUCACCCAAGCAAGAGUUCAUUCUGUUGUGCCAUGGAAACGAGACUUUAGGAUCUGUCAGGGGUCGGAUUGCUAACAAACUCCGACAACCAACCGACAAUGUACAAAUUGUGGCCCAGGACAAAAUGUUGGACUCGCAGAAGGAUCAGAAACUGCUGCACCAGCUGGAGUUUGAGGAUAAUCAGCUGAUUCAGGUCCGCCUGACCACGCCCACUCUACAACCUCUGGGCAAAGAGCCUAUGACUCCAACUUCCAAACAGAGCUUUGAUUUGGAGCAAGAGAAGAUGCUUCCUGGUGUUGUGAUGGCAGUGGAAGGACAGGUGUUUGAUAUGCUGUAUCAGCUAGCAGAUUUAGAUGAGUCCAGGAUAACACACCGAGUGAGAAAGUUGCUGAUGCUAAUACCAACUGAUCCACAGAUCUCAGAAACUCUGGAAUGCAUUGCAAACAAGGUACCAAAGCAGUGUGCGGAGGAUGUAAGCCCCAGAGCUAGUCCUAGAAAGUCCACAUCAGCCUCUCCCCUCCCCAGUCCCCGCAUGUCCCCCAAGGAAGUGCUCAAGUCGCUGUUUGAUGCCACUGCCCAGGAUAUGUCUGCAUUCCGUGUGCUUUACAAUCUAGAGGUGUUGAGCAGUAAGCUGAUGCCCAUUAGUGUGGACCUCGCCACUCGGAUAAGUAGCCAGGCAUUCUGUGACGACUUCCUGUCCGUUGGAGGACUUCAAAUGGUGGUCAACGUCCUACAGGCGGAGUCCCUUGCCCCCGAGGUCAACUACACCAUCAGGCAGGGCUGUUAUGCAAUAUGUCUGCAGCUUGCCCGCUUUCUUUUAUGUGGGCAGACAGUUUCCAUGGACGCAGACGAGGCUCAUGCCGGCAACGAGGAAUCAAAAACUGCAUCAAAUUUGCAGUUGGCCUCAUCCCCUGCUAAUACUUCAUUUAACAAGCAUUCUGCUGGAAGCCAUGCUGUACAGACAAUGGAUGUACACACCUUCACAGAGACGGUGUCCUGUUUCUUGAGGGUGACGUGGGCGGCGGCAGCUGGAAGACUUCACCUCAUCGGUACAUCUCAGGUGAUGAUUGACAGCUCCUCGGGUCAUGGUAGGAGAAGCAGACAGAGUAGCACAGGGAGCACGGCCAGCACAGGGAGUGAGAGUGAUUGUCAGAGUCUGCACGCCGGGGUGUGUGCCAAGGCUCGGGACAUCCCCACCAAGGACUGUAACAUAGCGCGUGAAGCUCUGGAGAUCCUCAUCACAUGUCUGCAGAUCAGAUGUGAACUCAUCGCCUCUUUUUAUUCCCUGCCCUGCAGCAGCGAUUUUAUUAUUGAUAUUUUGGUGGGUUGCACUAAUGCUGACAUAAGGAGUGCUGCACUGGAGCAGUUUUUUCUCCUCAGUCAGACAGAGUGCACUGCUCAGCGUACUCCUCAUCACUUCAUGCUGCAACUGCUGCUUAAGGCAUAUGUCCCUUUCUGGGUGUCGUCUUCCUCAGCUAGAGGGGUGAGCCAAAGGUUGUUGGGUCAGUGUUCUCAGUACUUUGAUCUGCUCUGUAAACUUCUGGAAGGCCUCUCAACGGAAGAUCAGGGAAAACUUCAGAUGAACCCAACCUCGAUGCUGGAGGAUGAAGUGGCAUGGUUGGGGAACUUUGUCCCCUCCAUUCACCCCGACAUGUCAGACACAGACAACAGUCUGCUGGCCGGUCACCUCAAACUCAUCAGCACACUACUGACCUGUGAAGGGGUGGAUCCAGAGGAGAAUGGAAGAACCUUGGUGUAUGAUAUCCUCCAUGACUUCCUCUUUCCCGCUUCUAAAGUGAUGAUGGACAGUAUGAACACCAGUAAUGAGGAGAAGCUGGAAGAAGUCAAUCCAAAGUGUGGUAAUUGUGAGUCUCGUGUGGCAGCUUACAGACUGCUGAUCGAGUUAGCCAAGGGAAACUAUGCUAUGUUAAAAGAUGUUUGUAAACAGCUGAUUGAAAUGCAUCAUCUUCCUCAGCCGGACUGUGCCAAUGAGUGGGAGUACCUCCCCCCUGUUGAUGGUCGUGCCCGGUGUGGCUUCGUCGGUCUUAAAAACGGUGGUGCCACCUGUUACAUGAAUUCUGUAAUCCAGCAACUGUACAUGGUGCCGGGAAUUCCCGAGGUGGUUCUGGGGACAGAGGAGGAUAAGCCGGACGAGGAAAGCGUAUUUUUCCAAAUCCAGCAAGUGUUGGGACAUUUACUGGAGAGCAAGCUUCAGUACCAUGAACCUGAACGCUUCUGGAAGGUGUUCAAACUCUGGGGUCAGACGGUCAACAUUAGGGAGCAGCAGGAUGCCUUUGACUUUUUCCAGGCCCUGAUUGAUCAAAUAGACGAGCAUCUUAAGAGAAAUGGAAAGUUGGAGAUCUUUAAAAGAAAAUUUCAAGGAAUAUUCUCUGAUCAGAAAAUAUGCAAAGACUGUCCUCAUAGGUAUGAGAGAGAGGAAGCUUUCCUGGCGUUGAAUCUGACGGUGAAGAAUGCUACACUGCAGGAUUCCCUGGACCAGUUUGUGAAGGGGGAGCUGCUGGAGGGGGACAAUGCCUACUUCUGUGAUAAGUGUGGAGAAAAGAGAAACACUAUGAAGAGGAUGUGCAUAAAGACACUGCCCCCAUUACUGUGUAUUCAGCUGAAGAGAUUUGGUUAUGACUGGGAGGCCAACAGAGCUCUCAAGUUUGAUGACUACUUCAAGUUUCCAUGGAUAUUGGAUAUGGAGCCAUACACUACUGACGGAAUGGCCCGGCGGGAGGAAGUAUUGGAGACGGUGGACAGUAGUUCGGAGUCGGACUCUGGGGAAUCCUCGAGUCACGAGGAGAGGGUCCUGGAGAUAGUGGCAUCGGGAAACAAUGUAGAACAGCGACAGAUUAACUACGAGUUAGUGGGGAUUGUGGUCCACAGUGGACAGGCAAAUGCUGGCCACUACUACUCAUUCAUCAAGGACCGCAGAGGUGACAUGAUGUCUAAUCCACAGAAGGGGAAGUGGUUCAAGUUCAACGACACGGUGGUGGAGGAGUUCGAGAUGACAGAGGACAGUCUGGAGGCCGAGUGCUUCGGUGGCACCUACAAGGCCAAGAUCCUGGAGCCAACUACAACUCUGCCAGAUGAGCGAGUGCGGUACUGGAACGGCUACAUGUUAUUCUAUGAGAAGAUGGAGGAGCCAGCCAAGACCCCUGUCUCAGCUAAAAAAUCUAAAAUACAGACCAGGAAAGCCAUACUGGAGGGAGGGAAGGGUGAUUUAGACUCUAACAGUUUCAUGGAAUUGACUGAGUUAGUGCAUAAGGGAGAGAAGAAGGGAAUAUUUAUGGAUGAGAUGCCGGCUAGUAUCCACCAGAUCAUACAGGCCGAGAACCUGACAUUUGUCAAAAACCGAGACGUCUACAACACCGACUACUUCAGAUUUAUCAGGGACUUGGUGGCUGUAAACAUGAGUAAGGAGAGCCACAAAGAUUUCCAGCAGAUGUCCGUCACAGCGCUACAGCUUGGCAUACGCUUCCUCUUUAACACCUUCUUCAGGUGUAAAAAGAAAACCAAGACUCUUUUGGACGAGUGGGUGGAUUUGAUAGAUGAAAUUCUGGAAAAGAGUAAAGAAGCCUGUGAUUGGCUGGUGGAGUAUCUCAGUGGUUCUGAGGGGUCGUCAUAUAUCAAACCCUUCCUCCUCGAGUGUCCCUGUAGGGAUGUCAGGUACACAAUGGCGCGACUACUGGAGAGGAUCAUGUCCUCACACUUCAGACAUGGAGGGGUCCCGACUCAAAAAUGCUUCAAUGAGAUUGUGGAAAUAAUUCUACACAUGCUGAGCAAAGAUGUAGUGGACCAUUGUAAAAACUCCUACCAUUAUUUUCAAGUCAUCAAGUCAUAUGUACAACUAGGAACAAAAUCUUGCAGCCAUAUGUUUUUACGACAAGGUUUUCAGCGACUGAUAGGGUUUUUAAUUGGAAAUUCAGGGGAGAUAAAUCAGGGACAUGACACACCGACCAGGAGAUGGAGUUCUAUUCAGUCUCGAGAGUUCGGCAACCUCCAUGCCUCAUUAGCAAUACUUGUCUUAAAUUGUGAUGUAUCAAAGUACAGAAGAGAAGAUCCCGGUGAUUAUGAAAUACGCAAACCUAAAACUGUUUUCCCCAUGAAGUUUCUCUUCAUGCCACAAGACAUGGAGAAUUACGUCUUUGGAGCAGAAUCAUCUCGUUACCUUCGGGAGGUAAUUCAUGCCAUUCGAGAGGUGGGAACCAAUUUAAUAAUCUGCGACAUGCUGGUAUACUGCAGCUUCUGUAACUACCAGUUUAGUGAAAACGUCCUGAAACUUCUAAUGCAUCAAUACAUGACAGCUCCCUCCAAUGAACUCAAACCUGUCUUCUCCUUACUAACAGAGCUAUUGAUGCUGGAGGAUCCAGUGCAGGGCCAGCGAAUUAAGGUGGUCAUCGACGGAGUGACGGACAGUGCUGGCACGGCUUAUGAUGGUCUGCUAGCCACCGUGAGAUUGAAUCAUGCCACAGACAGCCGGCGAUCCUACACUUGUAUCAAGUUCCUGGUCAGCUUGGCCAGUAAGAGUGCUCCAGUGAAGGACUACCUGAUGCAGAUCCCAUCCAAGUGGCAGUGGGCCGUCAACUGGCUCAAGAAAAAGAUGUCGGAGUAUUACUACACUCCUUCCUCUACGUCAGCAAUCUCCAAUGAGGACUCCAACAGGAAAUCCUUCCAGAGAACCUACAGUGCCCAGUCCACACUGGAGGAAGCUAAAGCAUUACUGACUGAGCUAGAGUACCAAGAAGGAAGCCCAGAGAUGGACACAAACGAUGAAGAGGGACAAAGUACUGCACCCUCAAAAGAUGAAGUAGACGAUUCUAACAGAAAGAAGACAUGAUUUUCUGUGAAAACAUGGAGAGCAGGUGACCGCUGAUUUACACAUAGGAAAACCAACUGAAGGUUCUUCGAGUGAAAUACAAACUGAAAAGCCCUAGUUCCUUGUAUGUUGAUGAACUGAAAUUUUUGAUGCUGGCAAAAUGAAAAAAAAAAUGUCUACAUGACUACUCAGUUGCACAUUUAAUUUCAUUGUGUGACGGAGAACUGAAGCAUUUUACUGCCAUUACUGUGUCUGCUCUUGUAGUUACUUUAAUUAUUAUUUGUGUACCUAAUCAGAUUAAGAUAAGUAUUUCCAUGGUCUAGAUUUCACAUAGAAAUGACACGCGCUACGUACUACCAGGUAAUGAGAGUACAGGUGUAUUUGAAUUUCUCUUUUCUUGUGCACUAUGAAUCAAAUGUGUAAUUUACAGAUGAACUUUAUCAGUGGUUCAUUCAAUUGAUAUCCUGUAAAUCUUCCUCCUUAAUGUAUAAUCAAGGUAAAAUGGGUUUGAUAUAUUCUGAAACUCAAUAUGCAGAUAUAUGUAUUUACAAAUAGGAAUUUCUAUUGAACCCUGAUAUUCAAGAAGGUAUUGUAGGACGGUGAGUCUGUCCGGAUCCAGCUCAGGGUGUUUGUUGUGUACUUUUAUCUAUUUCAUGUACUUGUUGUCUUUUCUUUGCAUUAGAAUUCAAUGCAAAACUGUAUCGGUUAUAUAGAAACCUUGAUGUACCUGUAGUCUUAAUGAUGAAGAAAAAUUUCACGCCUUCUCUGGAUCCUAACUAUGCAAAAUGUCCAGUUUUCUUCGUUUUAAUGGCAAAUUGACUGAAUAUUAAGAUCUCUUCGCAAAAAUAGUACAACUCUUUCAAAUUACUUUAUAACUUGUGUAAUAACGAAUUUCAUAUAUGAACCUUGCUAUUUAAUUUAUGGUGUGUUAAUGUUGAUGUUAAAAUGGCCAAGGUUUUUAUUGAAAACCACAUCUGUUUAAGAUACAAUGACAGAUGCGAAGCAAUGACAUGGCAAGCAGUUUACAUAUUUCAUUGUAUUGCAUUAUUGGUAAAAUUAGUUAGUAUCUUAAUGUUUGGACAGGAAUAUGCAUACAUCUUUUACUGAAUUUAUUUAGUAACAGGCCAGGCAAAUCUGUGUCCCUUCAACAAGGUAUACUUACGACAAUACAUGUAUUAGGAUUAAAGUUUAGUAAUUAAGAAUCAUUGAUUCAACUACAUUAAAACAAAUAGUACCUAUUUAAGGUACAAUUUCUUUAUUGUAAAGAAAUGUAAGAGUGGCCAUUCAUAUUAUGUAUUAGAAAUGAAAUUUACACCCCCCCCCCCCCCCCCCUUUUUUUUAAAUGUACAUAGUACCCGAUUCGAUACAAUUCUGUUUCAGAAUUUUGGAUUUAUUUCUCUAUCAGACAUGUUUAAUUAAUUUGUUGCCAAUUUGCUAUCACUAGACAUAGAUUAUAUUAGUGAACCUUUUAUUACCAAUUGUGUGUACACUUUUUUCAAUAUAUUUUCUUUUUCAGAUUAACCAAAUAUUAUAAAUAAUGAGUUACAUGUAGUGGUAGCUGUUUGUACUUGUUAAACAAAAAGUAUUAAGAUUCAUCUUAAUUAGUUCAACAUAAUAUUUCCUUCCCCUGAAUGUUCCAGCCUAAUAGCUGGUUAUGAAGCUUGAUGAAAUGUUUAUGUUAGUGACUGUUUAAGCAGGACAAUGUGAUAUUGUCUACUUGUAUAAAAUCUGAUCUGUACAGCUGCUAUGGGUGACGAUAAAACCUCUAUCUUGUAUUUAAAUGUGUAAGUGCUAUUCUCACUCAGAACAAAAAUGUAUGUAAAUAAGAAUGAUGUAAAUGUUGAAUUAGUUGUAUAUACUCUGUGUAUAUAAUAAUGUACAGUAAUGUUACAUUUAUAAAUAUCUAAUGCAUAAUGGUA